CAUGACAAGAAUAUAUUAGUGCAUGACGGUAGAUUAAUGAUUACAGAUUUUGGCUUAUCUAAAUCACUAGACAAUAGUACAAAAUCUAUUGAUGGAGGAACAUGUGCAUUUUCCGAUCCACAAUAUCUCCAAAGCCCAUUUGUAUAUAAACGAGAUAAAGCUUCUGAUAUCUAUAGUCUCGGUGUACUUUUUUGGGAGUUAUCAAGUGGUGUACCUCCUUUUAAAAAUAUACCUGAUCAAAGAGAAAUAGCCUUACUUGUAAUUAGUGGCAAAAGAGAAACGCCUAUUAGCGGAACUCCGGUUGACUUUAUAAAUAUUUAUUGCGAUUCUUGGAACGAUGAUCCAAAUUUACGUCCUAAUAUAGUUGAAAUCCGUGAAAAAUUAAAUUAUAUGCGAAUGAUUCCAGUUUAUAAUAGUAAACAAGAUGAUAACGACCAUUCAGAUUUUGUUUCAUCUGACCUAAGUAAUGCAGAUAAUAACGAUAAUUAUAUUCAAGAUAUGAAUUCAACAGUCUUUAGUCAAGGCUACUCCAAAUUAUUAGAAAUCAAACCAAAUAAUGCAAGUGCAUUAUUAGGCCGUGGAACAACUUAUCACAUGAUGAACAGAUACGAAAAAUCACAAGCAGAUUUAAAUAAAUCAUUAGAAAUUAAUCCAAAUAAUGUAUUUACAUUAGCAAACCACGGAAAAGCUUAUUUCAUGGUGAGCAGAUACGCAGACUUAAAUAAAUCACUUGAAAUUAAUUCAAAUAAUGCAUCUGCAUUAGCAUUCCGUGGAGUAAGUUAUCGCAUGAUAAACAGAUACGCAGAUUUAAAUAAGUCGUUAGAAAUUAAUUCAAAUAAUGCAGUUGCAUCAAAUGGGCGUGAGGCAAUUGCGUUAUGGCAUCGUGGAGCAACUCAUCACAUAAUGGACAUAUGUGAAGAAUCGCAGUCUACGUCUAGAAAUCAAUCUUCCCCUAGAACGCCACCAAAACUUCACCGACACGUGACAUACUGUAACGCACGCACUGAUCAACAAAAGUAA